AGAGCGCACCGCCCCGGUCCCCGGAACCAGAAGAUGGCACUGGCCGACACCGCGCGCCCCGGGUCCGGCUGCGGGUCCGGGUCCGACCCGGUCUGCCCCUUCCCGGAGAUCAUCGAGCUGAACGUGGGCGGCCAGGUGUACGUGACCCGGCACAAGACCCUGGUGGCGGUGCCGGACUCCCUGCUGUGGACCAUGUUCAGCAGGAACUCCCCCAAAGAGCUGGCCAAGGACGGCAAGGGCCGCUUCUUCCUGGACCGGGACGGGUUCCUGUUCCGCUACGUCCUCGACUACCUGCGGGACCUGAACCUGGUGCUGCCGGACUACUUCCCGGAGCGGAGCCGGCUGCGGCGGGAGGCGGAUUUCUUCCAGCUGCGGGAUCUGGCCAAAAGGCUGAUCAGCAGCCCACGGGUGAGCAAGGAGGAGGAUGGAGUCCUCCUCGGCGAGGAGACCGGCCAGGGAGACGCGGACACCGUGCGUAAUGACGCAUCGGAGCAGCAGUGCUGCUCCGAUGCGUCAUUACGCACGGUGUCCGCCGGUGGCACCGAUGCGCAAUUACGCACGGUGUCCGGCUCCGGCUCCAGCGCGCCGCGCUCCCCGUCCCUGGACUCCAGGAGGUCCGGAUACAUCACCGUGGGGUACCGGGGCUCCUACACCAUCGGCAGGGACACCCAGACCGACGCCAAGUUCCGGCGGGUGGCGCGCAUCACCGUGUGCGGGAAGACUUCCCUGGCCAAGGAGGUGUUCGGGGACACGCUGAACGAGAGCCGGGACCCGGACCGGCCCCCGGAGCGGUACACGUCCCGGUACUACCUGAAGUACAACUUCCUGGAGCAGGCGUUCGACAAGCUGACGGAGGCCGGGUUCCACAUGGCGGCGUGCAGCUCCACCGGCACCUGCGCCUACACCAGCAACGACCCCAACGAGGACAAGAUCUGGACCAGCUACACCGAGUACGUCUUCUGCAGGGACUGAGACCUGCUGGUGUGAAUAUUAGGGGUGUAACAUACAAUAAUCUCACGAUACGGUACGACACACGAUAUUGAGGUCACAAUAACGAUACGAUAUUAUAGGAGUAUUUUUUAACAACCUUUUUUUUUUCUGUAAUUCAAGUUUUUAGUAUUUUUUCAUUAUUGCAACACACAAAACGAACAUCAAACACCACAGACAUCAUGGAGGUCAAAAAUAGCAAAAAAAAAUAAAAAAAUUAUAUUAAUAGAAGAAAUAAAAAAUAAAAAAAAAGUAAAUUUGAAAAAUCUAAAAAUAAAUUAACUAAAAUUAAGACAGGCAGGUAAGUAAGUCCAAUUAACACAUCUGUCUACCAAAAGUAUUCAAUUUUUCUUUUACCAUAUCAUUUUCACAGUUUAAUCUUCUCAGCAUCUUCUCACACGCCACUGUCUCCAUCAUCUGUGUUUUCCACAUACUCGGUGUGGGGGCUUGUGGUUCACAAACACCUCAGAAUAGUCCGUGCACAUGUUAUUAGGCCAGUUUUUAAUAUUCUAAAACAAUAUUUGUCCAACAGAGGUACCACUGUUCUGUCUCCAAGGAGACAUAGUCUUGGCGAUCUGGGAAGUUCACAAUUUAAUGAUUUACUCAUACAUUCUAUAACUUUUUUUUUAACAACCUUGAAUGAGGAACAUAUGACUGGAAAAAAUAGUCUUUUUUUUGAAAGACACAAAAUACAAGACAAUGUUGUGCGUUUGCCGUAUUGUUACAGUUUGUAAUGCUUUAUAACUGUUUAAGUUUUAAAGAGAAAGCCAGGACAACCAUUUUCCACAAACUGAUUAUGAAUUAUUAUGAAUCUUCAGUUUCAUACAAGUACAAAUAUUUUGCCACAAACUGAAUAGUUUCUCUCAUGUAUGAUUUGACUUUUUUUCUUUUCCAGAAAUUUAACAACUAAAAUUAAAAAUAAAUAGAUAUAAGUAAAUGAAUAAACUAUGAAAAGUCCCAAACUCCAAAUGCAACAUGACUGUUAUUUAUCUUCUGCCAGAGCUCAGAGCUUCACCUGCUCCAGCCUGAGGCUGUAAGGUGAACCCCGGUAUCGUUUCAUCCUCACACCUUUGGGGACGACACAAUCUUUACAUCAUAAAAAAGAUUGAUUCAUGUUCACCUUAGAAGUAAAAGUUCGGAGCAAAAACCCUGCAAGAGUCCCGUGAUCGGGACCACAAAACGGUACUAGUUUCUUCUGAGCGUAGUCAGAUUUUGGUCCGCGGGUCGAGGCGCGGUCGUCACGUGAUCCCGCUGCACCAAUAGGAUGUUACUAGUAAACACAAUAUAUUCAUAUUAAUAACCCAAUAUCGCGCUAUAGUUUGUCACCUCCACGACACGUAUCGUGACGUUUUUGUAUCGCGAAAUUCCGUGGCACGAUAUAUUGUUACACCCCUAAAAUAUACACACCGCAGUUCGGGGGGAGGAAUAUCUCAAGAGAGGAAAAGCUCCACUUGCUGAGAUGAACGGGGACGUUUGUGAUGAUGGACAAGAUGAAAUAAGGAUUUAGACACAAAAAAGUACGGAAGUGUAUUGCAUUCACUUGAGAGAAAAAAAAUCUGCUCUGUUUUUUCUGAAUUAACGAGAUAAUUAUCUCAGAAUUCUGAGAAAAGUUUUAAUGAAAAAAAAUCUGCUCUGUUUUUCUGAAUUAACCAGAUUCCUCACAACUUGCAAGAAACUGUCAUUCACUUGAGAGCUGGAUUUCAUGGAAGCAAACAUGUUCCUGUCCAGUUUAAUCCAGUUUUAUUCUGCUUUUGGUUUGAAACAUUGUCUUUAAGUUUUAUAGAUGGUAUUGUUAUUAGUUUGUCGACUUUGCGCAGGCACCUCAGGACUUUUGCGAUUGUUCAGACGGAAAGCGUUUUUUUUUUCAUUAAAACUUUUCACGGAAUUCUGAGAUAAUUAACUUGUUAAUUCAGAAAAACAGAGCAAAUUUUUUUCAUUAAAACUUUUCUCAGCAUUCUGAGAUAAUUAUCUCGUUAAUUCAGAAAAACAGCAGUUUUUUUUGUAUUAAAAUUUUUCUCGGAAUUCUGAGAUAAUUAACUCGUUAAUUCAGAAAAACAGAACAGAUUUUUUUUUUCUCAAGUGAAUGCAAUACGCUUCCGUAGAAAAGCCCCCAAAACAGACUCUACACUCAAACCCGACAGGACCUGGAGCAGCUUCUGAGGUUGGAGGUUGAAAGUUCAUCAACUAAACCUGAAGAUUUCCAUCUCAAAGAAGUGCAUGUCCCGGUCAGAUCUGGACCUGGAGCUUCACAAACACUUAGAAACCAGACUCAUCCAGACUUUUAGAACUUGUGUGACCAAGUUUUGUAAUCUCUUCUCUCUAAGAUCUUCUAGUUCUGUCGCAGCAACGAUUGUAACGAUGUAAGUGGAGUCAUGUUGUAUUUAUUAUAAACUGUUCAGACUAAAUAAAAUCUUCUACUCUUUCA